AUGCCUUCCAAAACCCAGGCCGAUGUGAACCUCUGGUUCUUAUAUACCUGUCUUCAAAAGUCUGACUACAAGACGAUCGAUUUCAACGCCGUGGGAGAGGCGACCAGCCUGAACCCUCCUGCUGCUCGCAUGCGCUUUUCCCGUCUCAAGAAAGCAAUCGAAACUGGUACAACCAAUUCCAUCAUGUCCACUGAAAGGCCCUGUCAAUAUAUUGGCAUCGUUGGGAAGUCGAAACAACAGGGCAAACCUUGUCAGAGGAAAUCGAAAGGGAGCAUUGUUAAGAAAGAAAACCAGAUGCAGAAUUCGGGUUAUCCAAUAGAUAAACCAAUAAAGGCGAAUACAGAAAUGGGGAUGGAAUCCUAUCCGAUGAUCUAUGAUCAGCAAGGGAUAAGGCGGAGUUUCUCCAGUGGUCAACAUGAAGCAGACGAUGGAGAUACAGAUGACGAUAUUCCAUUGGCCACCAAACGGAAAGCAGCUCAAGAUAGGGAAGCCAACAAGAGGCAGAAGCAAAGGAGCGUCUCAUGUCCCGCGGGAAUCAAGGAUGAGCCGACUUCUAACGAUACAAACCAUGCUGAAACUCAUGGCUCGAACAAUACAGUUCCAAACGAAGAACUGAUAGCAUUGGACAGCAUACCCUCAAUAGACGCGUGUAAACAAAUCCCAUACAGCCACAGGUACACCACCACUAACAUGAGCAUGACGCUUGCUCCUCCGGUUCUUACCACGACCCUUCAGGACAUGACACCCAGGUACAUUUCAGCCUUCACCAACGCCGACAGCAACAACAGCAGCAGCAACAACAACAACAACAACAACAACAACAACAACAACAACAACAACAACAGCAACAACCACAACCAGUUUACGAGCAGAGCUCCACAACAACAUGGCUUUUCCUAUGACCCAUAUUGGAGUUCAUGGCCGUCCACAGUCUCCCAAAUGACCCAUCCGCGAGAUCCUUAUGCUUCCCGAUCCCUAUCAGCCCGUACAUCCGGCUACGUCCGCUCCCCCGCCAUUGGCCAAAAUAGCUCCAUUCCCCCUUGGACAAAAUACCGGAUUCCGAACAUCACCAUCACCGACACGGAUCCAUACGGGGUACGCAAUCCGCUGUGCCCUGGCAGCACCAAUGCGCUGGACAAGGUCCAUAUGGCCAUUAAUGAAGCACUCUUCAGUCCGGGCUCUAAGGCGUUUGACCGCAGCUAUGCCGGCACCAUAGAGACAAACGAUGUUUCCAGACGACUAGAUAACGACUGGGGUGGUGAUAGUGGGGGGAAUUAGAUUCUGAAUCUUUGGGAGUUUACCCCGUCUUCUUGUUCUGCUGCCUUGUUUUAAGUGACUGUUGCGAUUUGUUGCAAUUUUUCUUUCCUUCUUCCAAUUAUAGGGUGAGAGGUUAACCGAAACUUGGAAGGCGUUGCAACCCCGGAUUUGUAAGGAGUAGAUGGAGCGAACGUGAAGAAAGAGGAAAAGAAUAAUUAUUUCCAGCCGAAAUAAUCUUAUAGCUCUAGUCCUCGUGCUUGGGGCUUCGAAAAGCUCUUGUCAUUUUUCGCUAAGCCAGUCAGUCAAGGGACGGAGAAUGAGACUCCUAGCUUCCUCAUUCUCAUGGAUUGAUCGCGCUUUGAUCUCCCAAGCAUGGAACUCCUUUUGUCAAAUGUUCACAGGCAUCGCGUGUAAAAUUUCCAAUUGAGAUACAAAUGGCGCAUGGUAAUGGCACCGUUAGUACGUUCAUCUUUUCAAUGGGACUCAUUCCCAGAGGUCCUGUCCUAAGCACCUCUUCCAAAUUACAGGUAUCAUUAUCCAUAAUUCUCCCAUAACUGGCAAACACUUCUGUCGGCACUUGAGGUCUCAUUAGCCUUGAAGUAGGGUUUAAUGAUUCAGGCUUACUUAGUGAUACAUGCGUCCCAGUUUGCAAUGGAUAAACCCAACUCUCUUUGCAAUGAUGCAUUGGAUUGUUGACGCGCCUGCAGGAAUGGCUAGGUGAUGUACUCUUUUAUCCAAGAGAUUGUGUAUUCGGUCCGGGGCACUAGCUAUGGAGGAAUCCAAUGGGAGCUAAACAUAAAUAAAUGAACAGAAACACAAGGCAGUCACUGUUCAGUCCAGAUUGAGAUUGUGGAAAUAGAUACAAAAAUAAUUAUUUGAUCAAUCACCUUGCACAGCACAUGGGAUCCUUGUCCACCCUAAAUAUAAGUUAAAAACAAAGACGCAAAGCCGGGC